CGCGCGCGGCCGAGUCGCGGAGGCGCUGCGGCUGCAGUCCCUGCGUCUGCGAGAAACAUGGCUGACAGCAAGGCCAAGCCCACCAAGGCUGCCAACAAGACGCCCCCCAAGUCCCCAGGAGACCCUGCAAAGGACAAGGCGGCUAAGAGGCUGUCGCUGGAGUCUGAAGGUGCCAACGAGGGGGCAGCCGCCACAGCCCCGGAGCUCAGCGCCCUGGAGGAGGCCUUCCGGCGGUUCGCGGUGCACGGGGACACGAGGGCCACCGGGAAGGAGAUGCAUGGCAAGAACUGGUCGAAACUGUGCAAAGACUGCCAGGUGAUCGACGGGAAGAACGUGACUGUCACCGACGUGGACAUCGUUUUCAGCAAAAUCAAAGGGAAGUCCUGCAGGACCAUCACCUUCGAGCAGUUCAAGGAGGCGCUGGAGGAGCUCUCCAAGAAGAGGUUCAAGGACAAGAGCAGCGAGGAGGCUGUGCAAGAGGUGCACAGGCUGAUAGAGGGCAAGGCCCCCAUCAUCUCAGGAGUGACGAAAGCCAUCUCCUCGCCCACGGUGUCGCGACUCACGGACACGACCAAGUUCACGGGCUCCCACAAGGAGCGCUUCGACCCGUCAGGCAGGGGCAAGGGCAAGGCGGGCCGCGUGGACCUGGUAGACGAGUCGGGCUACGUGCCAGGCUACAAGCACGCGGGCACCUACGACCAGAAGGUGCAGGGGGGCAAGUAGCCAGUCCCCAGGGACAGGGCCUUCCACUGCUGUUGGCCCCACAUCACCUCACACUUCUUUACAUUCCUGGGCUCACGGGGCAGAACUCAGAUGCUGGGGUCGAGUAUUUGUGGGUGACUCCCAGGCCUCCCUCCUGCCUGGGGCCCUGGCAUGCUCCUCUCCUCCCCAGGUGUGGCCCCUGAACUCACUGACCUUUUUCUAAUGCACCUGCCUCGUCCCAUGUUGGGAAGUCAACAAAUGGUCAUUUCCAAAGUGUUUCCUGGAUCCGGACCACACAGGCCACCUGGUUUGCAGGCGGAAGCCGUGUUUUAAAGAGCAGGUGGGACAGACCUAUCAGAGGUGGUGCCGACCUCCUGCCAGCAGACCCCUCCCAGGAGCCAUGAGGGCAAAGGCACUAACGCACUAACCAGCAGCACCAGUGACAUGAAGUGGACCUCGAACAGGACACAGGGACCUCUGCGAGGGCUCCGUUCAGGUGUGCGGCACACAGGUGCAUGCUUGCAAAUGCACACACAUGCUCAUGCACACACUCAUGCACUCACCCACGGACACAUGCUUACACAUGCUCACGCACACACCCCCACUCACACACACGCUCACACACACACCUGUGGACCAGGGCUGUGCUCAGGGCGGUCAGAAAGCGAAGACCUGGUGCAAAGGAAGGGGGGUCGGUGGAAGAAGCUCCUCAGCAGACCAAAGGAAAGCGAUCUGAAGUGUGAAGUUAGAAGUUUUUAAAAUGGAAACUAAGGACAGGUCAUUUCAUUUUGCUUUUUAAAGAAAAGAAGAAAUAAGGAGAAACAGUGACCGUGUGUUUACUGUCAGAACGGAUUAGGGAAGUUUCAGAACAUCCUGUUUCUGUGGCUCUCCCUGCUGUCCGUCUCCAGGUCACAAGACCCUGUGGCCUCGAGGCUCCCCGCAGGCAGGCGUGUGGGCACCUGCUGGCCCCUGCUCUGACCUGGCCUCGAGGCUGCAGGCUGUGGGCAGCGGGGCCGCUCCCUUCGGCACAGUGCAGCACAGAUCUCUGCAGCUCUAGCCUCUGCAGCUGGUUCUCGCCUCUCUGGACUCUCCUAACCCCCGUACAACAAAACCAAGCCAGGGGGUCCCCUCCUAAAGGCCCACAGCACUUGCUGGGGGCGGGGGGUGCUUUCACAGGGGCCACAGGCAGCACUUCCAUCUGCAUAAAUGCAGCCCCAGAAUGGCGAGGGGCCUGCUGGGCCACGUGGUCCUGGAGCCGGUCCUGGGGAAAGGCACUCUCAGAAAGAUGCUGCCUGGAACCCGCUGCCACAGCCGCGGUCUGCUCUGCACACAGCCUGGCCUCGCAAGGUGGCUGAGCAGGGACGCGCACUGCCACAGCGCACAAGCUGGUCGCCUCCGGGAUGGGGGAGCUCCAACGCGUGGGCUCCGGGCCAGUGCUCCAUCUGAUCCGGCCCCUCUGAAGCCACCGUGUCUCCCCCAGGCCCUGCACGCCACCACCCCGACACCCAGCCUGGCUCACACAUGGAGGAGCCUCCACAGGCAGCUCGUCCGGAGGCUCCGGGAGCUCACUGCCUGUGGCAUUAGCACCCAGGAAACGAUGGCGCACAGGCGCCAAGGGUCACUUUUAGGGCUAAUCUCACUGUUGUCUCACAAAUUUCUAACUUGGGGAUUCUAAACUGCUUGGCUAGGCUACUCCACAGUGGGGAAACUGGGGGCCAAGGGCUGGGGCAAAGGCAGGCAGGACACCAGACCCCCACCCUGGGCCUCUCUCUCCUCCCUCAGGCUGGACCUUUGUGUGAAACCCAAGGCAAGAGUAACCAGUGUAAAUGCACCUGCAGACAACAGAACAUGCAGAGUGUUUCCUGACAAGAAGCUGAUCAUGGUGCCAGAGGUUUUCUUCAGUGGCCACAGAACAGGGCUUCUCCUCAGGUCUGGAGGCGCCACGGUGGAGGGACGCUCGCCAGAGGCCGCGGGUCUCCUGCCCAUGAACAGCCCAGUCCCCAUCGGCACCGGAGUCAGCAGGACCUCGGCCACUACAGUGGGCACGCUGGCAAGGUCCCCCUCACCACAGCCACAGAGAGAGAUGUCCCCUGGUCUGCCAUGUAUGCAGGUCCUUCUCAGCCCUCCUGUGCCCGCUGGACCCUGGAGAGAGGUGCCCAGCACCGGGAUGUGGUCUCCUGUCGCAGAGCGUUGUCUUCAGGCGAGAAUGGCCUCCACAGGAAGGUUCCAACCCGCCGAGGGCCAGCCUGCCAGGAGCAUGCUGGGAAAGUGGGGUCUAAGCAAAAGAAACAACACGAGUGGCUGUCCUCAGGGACCCUGCCGCAGCACCCCCAGUGAGCAGUGCUCCCACCCACCCGGGAGGCAGGCCGUGGCCUGCAGAGCACCCCCCACCGCAGGCUGGGAGGGCAGCUACUUGAUAAGAAACUACUGGUCCACUUCUGAGAAAAAUUCAGCGUGCUCUGCUGACCCUGACAGCAGCAGCUUCUCUCUGGGUUUCAUGAAUGAAAUCAAGUGCACACAGCUGCGCUUGGGCCCGACUCCCUGCCAUCCCAGGGCCAAGAGCCUGGUCCACAACACUGAGGUCCCGCUGGCCACAAAGGCGCUGCGGUCUCCCUGUGUCCCUGCCCGUCCCCAGGCACACGCACACGCCAGGACACAUCGUUCUCCAGUCAAGGUAUACUUUGAAAACCCACCCUCCCCUCUGUCAGAGGAGGAGGAAGAAGGGGUAAGUCAUGAAGACUUAGCAUUCUCCAUUCUGUCCGUUUAAAACCACCUGGUGCGUGCAUCAGUGCAUCUUCGCGUGUGGCCUCUGAAUUCACACGAGCUUGGACUCCACCUUCACUGCACCAGACAGACACGUGCAUGUCCCUCUAUCGGGUUCUGUGUUGUGAAUACAUAGGCAGAGCACGUGUCCGUGCUGCAUGUGUUUAUGCAAUGCCAGUCAGCUUCUACUAACCAUGGUUCAAUACAAACUACAUGUCUACCUGUGAACAAAAGAAACUGCACAGCAGGCACUGGAGACAGGACACAUUCUGAGGGGGAUCCUAGGAGACAGGACACACUGUAACAGGGACACCCAGGAGACAGGACACACUGUGAUGGGGACCCCAGGAGACAGGACACACUGUGUUGGGGACACCCAGGAGACAGGACACACUGUGAUGGGGACACCCAGGAGACAGGACGCAUUGUGUUGGGGACACCCAGGAGACAGGACACACUGUGAUGGGGACACCCAGGAGACAGGACGCACUGUGAUGGGGACACCCAGGAGACAGGGCGCACUGUGAUGGGGACACCCAGGAGACAGGACGCACUGUGAUGGGGACACCCAGGAGACAGGACGCACUGUGAUGGGGACCCCAGGAGACAGGGCGCACUGUGAUGGGGACCCCAGGAGACAGGGCGCACUGUGAUGGGGACACCCAGGAGACAGGGCGCACUGUGAUGGGGACACCCAGGAGACAGGGCGCACUGUGAUGGGGACCCCAGGAGACAGGACGAACUGUGAUGGGGACCCCAGGAGACAGGGCGCACUGUGAUGGGGACCCCAGGAGACAGGACGCACUGUGAUGAGGAUCCCAGGAGACAGGGCGCACUGUGAUGGGGACCCCAGGAGACAGGGCGCACUGUGAUGGGGACCCCAGGAGACAGGGCGCACUGUGAUGGGGACCCCAGGAGACAGGGCGCACUGUGAUGGGGACCCCAGGAGACAGGGCGCACUGUGAUGGGGACACCUAGGAGACAGGGCGCACUGUGAUGGGGAUCCCAGGAGACAGGGCGCACUGUGAUGGGGACACCUAGGAGACAGGGCGCACUGUGAUGGGGACACCUAGGAGACAGGGCGCACUGUGAUGGGGACCCCAGGAGACAGGGCGCACUGUGAUGGGGAUCCCAGGAGACAGGGCGCACUGUGAUGGGGGGACCCCAGGAGACAGGGCGCACUGUGAUGGGGACACCUAGGAGACAGGGCGCACUGUGAUGGGGACACCCAGGAGACAGGACGCACUGUGAUGGGGACACCCAGGAGACAGGACGCACUGUGAUGGGGAUCCCAGGAGACAGGACGCACUGUGAUGGGGACCCCAGGAGACAGGACGCACUGUGAUGGGGGGACCCCAGGAGACAGGGCGCACUGUAAUGGAGACACCUAGGAGACAGGGCGCACUGUAAUGGGGAUCCCAGGAGACAGGACGCACUGUGAUGGGGAUCCCAGGAGACAGGACGCACUGUGAUGGCACACCCAGGGGACAGGAUGCAUUGUGAUGGCACACCCAGGGGACAGGACGCACUGUGAUGGGGAUCCCAGGGGACAGGACGCACUGUGAUGGCACACCCAGGGGACAGGACGCACUGUGAUGGCACACCCAGGGGACAGGACGCACUGUGAUGGCACACCCAGGGGACAGGGCGCACUGUGAUGGCACACCCAGGGGACAGGACGCACUGUGAUGGCACACCCAGGGGACAGGAUGCAUUGUGAUGGCACACCCAGGGGACAGGACGCACUGUGAUGGCACACCCAGUGGACAGGAUGUGUUCUGAGGGGAGGACAGCACUGAUGGUGUCAGGAGAGAACACUAGAAGGAACGUGUUUGAGAACACUGAUCAUACCAGAAUAGUUAUUUAUUUCUAUUUAAUGCAACUAGGCAGUGGUCAGGAACAGUUAGCUUUACCAAAAUUGAAGUUCAAAUUACAUAAUUUUAAAAUAUUAUAGUAAGAUAUAUAUUUAUACUGGAGUAUUUUUACACCUUUAAUAUUCUUGGGCUUGAGUUCUGGACGGUGAGAAUUACGCAGAUGCUGGUCCGUCGGGAGGUCGGCAGAGGCAGCCCACUGG